GCAACCCCAUUCAUGACAAGUUUUACGGUGCUUUUUGCGCGUAGUUGCGAAGAAAAUAAAAAAGAACUCAUCGCAAUCUAUUCUCUUGAGGAAUAAAAGCUCCUUGGUCCGUUGAGUGUUUGGACUUAUCCGUUUAAAGAGCAAAUUUUGUAGUCACCCGGAACUUUUGAAAGCGGCUAGCAGUUCUUCACUAUUACUGCAAGUGGAGUAUGGUUUCAAUACUGUACGACAAUAUGCACGAGCAGCGCGGCCGAUCACCAGGCAGUGGGUUUAAUAUGGCUGAGGGACCCCAUGGCCAGAAGAGAGAAUUCACGGUCAACGUGUCAUCGAGAAACGACCAAGAACGAGAGAGCGAGUCCGAGAGGGGAUCGACACCGGGGGGAGAUACGCCAAGAGACGGCAUGGACGACCGAGGAGAGAUCAGGAGCAACGAGGAGAACACGGACUACGAGAAUUACACGUUAUCGGCCGAGGACGAGAUGAGGAUCAAACAGAAGCGAGAACGGAACCGUGUGGCAGCAGCUCGAUGCAGGGACAGGCGUCGACAACGAGCCGCUACACUCGUACAGGAAUCUGAUGAUCUCGAGGAUGAAAAUGGGGAUUUGGCCAAGGAGAUCGCUCAGCUACAAAAGGAAAAACUCAAGCUUCAAGAGAUUCUGUGUAAACAUUUACCGAACUGUGGCGUUCAAUCUGGGGAAUCUAAUCAACAACAACAACAAAUUCCACAUCGACUACAAGGUAAACAUCCACAUCUUGAACAUCAUCAACAACCACGGAAAUAUCAGAGGCAGCAUCAACAUCCACUACUUCUAAAUGAAACACAUCAACAUCAACAACACCAACAACACCGUCAACAGGUUCUGAAGCAGCAGCAUCCACAGCGUCCAAUACAGGAGCAUCAUCCACCACAACACAAACCAGACUUACACCAAGUACACAGACCCCAAGGUCCACAACAGUAUCCACAGCAUCAGCUACACCAUCAACAAUACGAUCAACCAAUGACAACAGCAAAUCAACUAAUUAGUCAACAACCUUUCUGUUCAGCCACGCGGUCUUUUUCAGCGACUGAAUAGCGACACCAUGUCAAACAAUAUUGUACAUGUAUAUGAAUUCGACAUUCCAUGUUAGGCUGGUUUUCACUUGGGCUCUUUUAUGGGCGAACGUUCCACCGAAAAGUUUAAUGCCUUCCAAUAAUGUGCCGUUAGUAAUAUAAGAAACAGUAUGAUAGUUUUCGAGAAACAAAUAAAUUUAGUAGAACUUCAAAAGUACUAAUAUAACAGCCAAUUUGCAACAGUUUGCAGUGAAGGCAAGUAUAUCUUUGGUAUCCCAAAGUAUGUAUGAUCAUACAAAUUACUUGGUAGAAGUACUGGGGAGCUUUUGCUACUAGAUUAAACCUUUUUAGAAACUACACCCUAUAUAAUGCAGAUUUAGAAAAGAGAUAACUUUUAAACCCCCAAAUCCGAAACUUGUUAAUGGUGCUCAACUUCUCAUGUUUAAUUAUGUCAAUAAUAAAUUGGUAAAAUAUGUUAAUUCAUUCUUGUCAUAAUUUAACUUCAUUUGACCAUUAAACUAGUGGAGAUCACUUCAAGUAUAAUACAUCAGAAAGAUACAUUUUAUGUCAAUACAUGUUUAAAAUCUUAGCUAUAAACCUUCAUGUAAAAUAAUGCACAGUAUUAUAACCGUAUGCUAGCCCCGGUGUGCUACGUUACAAAAACCAAGGUCCGUUUCUGAUUUUGUAAGAUGACUUUUGUCGUCACACAAAUCUGAUCAAACAAUCUGAUCUACAGUUUAAAAGCAGCAUAGACGGAAGUAUUUUAUUUUAGUAGGAAUUCCAAACAACAAGGUAUUGAAGAUUUUAUUUUGAAGACAAAAUCGAGUACUUUUCGUUCCGAUCCGUGAGGAAACAGCUGGUUGAAAAGUGCAAGUAAAAUGAAAGCUUCCGGAACUGGCCCGUCAUUGUGUGAAAACGAAAUACCUGGUCACCUCUCUUUCUAUUUUAGGCCUUCACAAAAUAAUUUUUUGCUUCCCUAAAGCUAUUUCCAGAACAGGGUACGAACACAAAAAUACAUAUCCUGGUUAUAAUAAAGAAGUCCGUGACAGGUUCUCAGAAUUUAAAUUUUUCCAGAAAAACGCACAUUAAUCUGUCAGCCGCAGAACUAGGGCAACAGUUUUUAUGGGGCCACAAAGAGUGCACCAUUUUGUUUCGAGGGGAACUUCUGCAAUUUUGGGCGAAAUAAAAUUUGUUAAACGUUGUCUGUGUUACAUGGAACAGGUUUAAAACAGUGAAAUUAUCACAUUUUAAGCCAAUAUUUCAAAGGGUUAUCACACUCAUGUCAGCCCAAUAUCUCAAAGAGUUGUUACAUUGAAGCUGAUAUUCAUAGGGUUAUACAUUAAGCCAAUAUUUGAAAGGGUUGUCACAUUUAAGCCAAUAUUUCAAGGGGUUAUUACAUUGAAGCCAAUAUUUCAAAGGGUUAUUACAUUGAAGCCGAUAUUCAGAGGGUUACACAUUAAGCCAAUAAUAUUUGAAAGGGUUGUCACAUUUAAGCCAAUAUUUCAAGG